AUGCUAGCCGUUCGGGACAAGCGCCAUAGAAUGAACUACUUCUCCCCGGAACUCAUCAAUAGGACCUACAUCUUCUACGUGAACCCGUACACGAAAAUCGCUUUUCAAAAUGCGACUGAUGUGGCAGAUACGGAAUUGAUUCAGUCAACUGGCGCCAUCAAGUUCCCGGUCUCCCUGAUUUUCCUGAUCUUUCAAACCGUCUACCUGCUGGCGGUGAGGAGGCGGAUCGGUUUCGGCAAGGAGUUCUCGUUCAUGCUGCUAUUCUGGAUCGGUGUCGUGGAUCUGAUCCAAUUGAUCUGCCACACGAUGUCCGGCAUCUGGAUGCUGGCGCUGAUGCACGCGGAGGAGUGGCAUUAUAUAUUCGGCGCGUUCCACGAGACGUGCUAUCUAUUAACGGGUUACCUCACUACCGCCUUACCGAUUCAUCGCUUUAUCCUCAUCGUGUUCCACGCGCAAGCGCAGAAAAUCUUGCGACCACUCUACCUGAAGAUUAUCAUGCUCCUCUAUCUAAUCUUCGGGCUCAGCUGGCUUGGUUAUUUCCUUUCCGGUGAUAUGGAAAUCAUUUUCGUGCCCGAAACUAUCUACUGGUAUUGGACGUACAAGACGGAUAAUUGGGACUGGGUGGGCAUUGUUUUCCUGGUCGAAAAGUGGAGCCUGAUGAGCCCCAUUAUCGUGGGGGCUGUCCUGUACUCGGGCAUUAUUCUCAAGUUUAUGACGAGGGCAAACCGGAGCAUAGCCUCGGAAAUUCGACUGACCGUGCAGGUAUUUACGAUUCUCGCUGUUGAUACACUCGCAUAUGUUAUAUGGUAUUACUUUCUGCUCUGGGCGGACGAUAGCUUGUUGGUCAACUGCCUGUCCGACUUGGUGUGGGUGGUGUAUAAUGGCGCCAAUUCGGUGAUAUACUUCAUUUUCAACCCAGAAGUUCGAAACAGAAUGAAAGAUUUAUUAACGUGCGGUGCCGCCGGGAAGCCACAAGGCCCGCUAUUCACAAACAGCAGCAGCGUCACAACCUCGACUUUAUCGAAGAAAAGCACAUCAAAA